UAACCCAGAAAGUCUAAGCCAGGGGCAAGUAGGCAUAUUACCUAAGAAGAGAGGAAGGAAGGUAUAUUAUUUCACCAUAUAAGGUACAUUAUUUUGUUAUUACUAUUAUAAUUAUUAUUAUUAUUAUUGUUUUUAUUAUCAUUAUCAUUGUUAUUGUUAUAAUGAGAAUAAAGAAAACAAUUUUUAUUUGCUUAACUUUGUUCACUUAAAAAUGUAUCAACUAGCCAUUUACAAUUAUAAAACUAUUGAAAUGUGAAUAUUCAUUUUCAUUUUUAAUUUUUUAUGUGAUCAACCCUGACUAUAUUCUUUUUAUUGUCAAAUAUUUAUGUUUCUUGCUCCAACAUAAAUUCCCAACUGAACAGUUGCUUGUGUGUGUGUGUGUGUGUGCGUGUGCGUGUGCGUGUGCGUGUGCGUGUGCGUGUGCGUGUGCGUGUGUGUGUGUGGGUGUAUCCUUGUCCUAAAUUUAUAUAUCAUUACCGUUAUCAAUGUAACUUAUAAACUGUGUGGACUUGUUGGUUUAUUGCUUGAUUGAUUGCUUGUUCAGUGAUGCAUUUUGGUUGAACUAUCGUAGAUAUGUAAAAGUUGCAACCAACCCAGCCCUUCUGCCAGUAAGAGAUGCAAGAUGGAGGGCUGUGGAGCCGAGUUUCCAGAAAAAUCAUUUGACUGGGAAAAAAUAAAAAGUAUGGGACAGACCAACCCAACACGCCAAAGAGAGCUCCUUGAGAAAAGGGCAAGUAAAAUUCCGUAUAAACAAUGUUUUUAAUUUUAUUGCUAACUUGAGUACAUUAUUAAUAUAGGUAAUGAUGAAUAUUUGAAUGGUGUGGUGCAAGCUAGACUAAUGCAAGUGUCUAUUUUGGCUAGGAAAAAAUUUUCCUCUUAAGUGCCUUUAAUAUGCUGGUUUGCAGUUUGUUUUCGAGAAAAUGAAACAGGAAUCAUAAAAAGAAGUUUACCUGAAAAAAGAAAAAAAAACAGUUUCUGGGUUUCGGACCCUGGCUCUUGUGUUCUUAUCUCCACUGCUGUGAAAACAUUAUGAAAUAUAAUUAUUUCCCUUCACUCUUUUCUUGAAAUCAUAGUGAGAAUCAUUCACUUACCGUAAAUGCUUGAAUUAGCACCCAGCUUCAAAUAAGCGCCCCGCUUCGAAUUAGUGCCCCUCCUAUGGCUUAAAAUUUGGAAUAAGUAUACCCCUUCAAAUAAGCUCCCCCUCCCUCCCCUGAGAGAAAAUCGGGACAAUAUACGAGACAUGUACAGUACUUUUAAUGAAUGUGACAUUCGUAAUAGUUCACAAUUACUGUUCUUUAAAGUCGAACGGGUUUGCUCCUCAUUUCCUCGAUAGAAAUAUCCACGGGAGCUGUAGUAAAACUUUGCUCCCAAAUGCCAGCUUCUUUUGACGGCAACUCAAAAACGUCUUGAGAACGUUUCAAGAUUCAGAAAAGUAAUUUUCUAUAACGGAUUUUUAAUUUUUAUUUGGUACAGUUUGGGUUACUAGAAAUAAGGAUAGUGUCAUUUUAAGGCCAAAAAUUGGUAAACGAAGUAAGCGCCCCCUUCGAAUUAGUGCCCCUGACUCUCUCCUAAGAAAAUUAAAUAAGCACCCAGGGCGCUAAUUCAAGCAUUUAGGCCGGGUACGUUAGUCUUGCACCAAGCCAUUCAUUUGUUUAAAAAUUGUGUAGUGAAAGUAGUUUGAAAUGGAUUUCAGGUCAAAAUGGUUUCCAAACUUGUUAGAACUGUAUUUUCAAUGUUUCAGGAUUACUGUAAUAAAUCUGGAACAAAGCAAACAAUAAACUAGUUUCAAAUCAUUUUGACCUGAAAUCUAUUUUAACCUAUAUUAAGAAUUCAUAAAUAGUAACUUAUGCACCUCAGCAUUCAAUCCUGGCCACGUUUUAAUGUGUAACAGGAACUAUUAGGAAAAAUGACAUGAACCUGUAAAGCACUUACAUCCCAUGUAGAGGAAGUAGUAAUAGCAUGCUACAGACUAGAUAUAUAUUUAUUAUUCAACAAAUUCGCGUGAUGCCCAUAUAUGGUCAGUGCUUGUUCGAUUUCUGUCAUCCGUACAUAACAGAUAUCCUGUGAUACAUGUAGGUUCGUCAAGUUUCGUCCGAAAUCUUACAAUUUUCUGUCUAACCACACUUUUCCUAAGUGUAAAAUGCGUUUUGUUGACAAUUUGUUGAAUAAUAAAACAAUUAUCCUGCUCAAUCUUGCGGAGUAUCACCUGAUUUUAACCGACUCGGUCUGCGGCCUCGUUGCCUAAGUAUCUGGCAAUAUUCUGCACAAUUUCGCGGGAUAACCGUUAAAUAUAUGUCGAUAUCUAGUCAAGUGAUUCUAUUAAAAAUUAAUUAAAACAUAUUUUUGACAAGUUUGCUUACUGUUAUCAUUGCAAGUGAUAAUUUUCAAUAAUUGUUUAUUCUUUAUUCUGAAAAGCUCUUGUGGGGAGAAUAAAGUAUGCAUAUAUGCAUGCAUGCCAUGCAUGCUUGUAUGUAUGUGUGUAAAUUAAAAAAGAACAUUCAUUGCCACCAUUAUAACUAACAACAAUAAAUGUAUUUAUUGUUAUGUCUUUAUAGUUAAAGUACUUUGAUCCUUCUUUAAUUGUUUCAGAACUCUUAGCUAGGUACUUACAAAUGACAUUACAGUCAAACACCUGAAGUGUUCCGCCUAAAAAAUGACUUAUGCGUUCCUUAUUCCAGAGCCACUUCGAUUCUUGUCUUCAAAUUUUAAAAAAAGUCAGUUGAAUAUUUUAUUCAUCCAACCGUUGCGUCUAUUCAAAUAUUUAAUGCUUCAGGCAUUUUGACUGUAAAAGUACCCUAAAGACAUUGGAUGUAUUGUCAAUCAGUGAGGGUAUCAUUUAGUUAAUAAUGUUUGUAAAUAUUUUGCCCAAGCUCUCAUUUUGACUAUACAUUUAUAUUUUAAACUUUUUUCCAUUAAUUUAUUUUUUUUUAUUUAUUUAUUUUUUUGCAGGCCAAUAUUCUUCAUGUUAAACACAGAUGGGAUGUUUCUAUCCUAUAUUCACAUAAACAUGCCAGGGGGGACACAGUCCAGGGGUAUGGCACCCCUGGCAUUGGUGCUAAAUUUAUUGGCAAGGAGAAAGACAAUGUAUCUGAGGCAGGGAGAGCGGCUUGGAAUCUAUUUGCAAAAUUUGCUGAUAGUAAGUUUUUUUGUAACACUGCAUGUAACAUUAGGUGUAGAUUUAAUUCCAUUAGUUGGUAGAAAUGAAGAAACAACAAAAGGGUUUUCAGUAGAAGCCAGCAGCUGACAGAAAUCUCCUGGUUAUGAAGAUGAAUUUGUAGCCCCCUGCUCAAGUUUUAUUAUUUCAUUGGUUCUAUUUUUUUCACUGAAUUGGAAUAGGCUACAAUCAUAUGAAUGCAAGUCCAAUUAGGCAUUGACACUAAAUUACACUGGAAUUCAGCCGAGUGUAAUUUGAAAGAAUUUUCAAAUAUUACUUUCAUUAUAAUAAUUAUUUAAGAUAAUUACAAUCAGAUUUGGACUGGCCUGCAGUUAGCCAAUACUAAUCGAGGCAGGCUAGCCCAUUAAGAAUUAAUUAUAUACAAUGGUAAUUUAUUAAUAAAUGAAAAAGAAAACUGAAGAAGGAACAUGAUAUUCAAAUGAUAUUCAUGAUAUUCAUUAUGUUCAAAAUUCUUGACGGAGAGUGAGAAUCGGAAUUUUUUUAGUUGCUCUACAAUCUUGGACAAAAAUGUUGUGACAUUUUACCAAAUAACAACUUUUUUAGGAUACCAAAUCUAUUCUUUUCCACCCACUCCCCCCAGUUCAAUGUUGUCAAUGUUGGUAUGUUGUCAAAACAAAGUUGGAUGAAUUGCAAACCCCAUGAAACAACAUUGAACAGGGGGGAGGGGGGAAUGAAUAUUCUUUACCUGCUGGUAAGUUAUUACAUAUGCAAAAAAUGUGUGAUAUCCAUUUGUCUCAACUGGUUUUGUCCAAGGUUGUAGCUUUCAUACAAUCACUCAUGUUUUGGAGCCUCCUCUCUUGAUCUGACCCAUUACAACCACAAGCAAGCUCAUGAUGGACUUAACAUUGACCCCCAGUCCAUGGACUUUACCCUAUAGUAAAUAGAUAGUAAAUUUUGCAGCUCAGUGAAGAUAUGUAAAAUGGUCUAUAAUGGCCUAGCUCACCAAGAGUCUCUGACACUUACAUGUAGUCGGUUUGAGCAUCUGACCAGUAAGUGGGAGGUCAUGUCUUCGAAUCCUGUCAGGGUCUGCUGACUCUUCAACAUAAAACGGUAUCAUCAUUAACAAUAUUUAAGAGGCCUGGUCUUUGGCAUUGGCUACGGCCCUGUCUAGGAUAACCUGGGUGCUAACUGAAAUUUAUUAAACUGUAACUGUAACUGUAACUUGUAACGUCUAAACAGGGUGUUACAUUCAGGCUAAAAGUUCGCAACUAUUUUAAAGCAACCUAUCAAAAUUGUUAUUUUUUAUUACCAUUUUUCACCAUUACGUUUAAAUCGAGAGCGUAAAGCCCUUGAUAGUUACAUUGUACUACGAGAUCACAAGGUAAGUAUGGUAGCUAUAAAGGUAACUAUGGCAAAAAUCUGGAAAACAUUUACCUGCAGAAAUAAUUUGUUUUGAUGUUAUUUUCUCUUUCGUUGACAGAUGAACGUCAGGCCAGUGAAGAAGAUAAAGAUGGAGAUGAAACACCUGUUACUGACUACACUACCACUCCCACUUCAACCCUUUCUUCUCCCACUUCAACCCUUCCUGCUUCCACUUCAACCCUUCCUGCUUCCACUUCAUCCCUUCUAAUUCCCAAUUCAACCCUGCCUACUCCCAUUUCAACCCUUCCUGCUUCCACUUCAUCCCUUCAUACUCCUACUUCAACCCCCCCUACUCCCACUUCAACCCUUCCUGCUUCCAUUUCAUCCCUUCCUACUCCGACUUCAUCCCUUCCUUCUCCUACUCUAUCCAACUUUACCCCCACUUCAUCCCGUCCCAUUCCCAAUUCACCCCUUCCUUCUUUUAAUUCAUCACUUUCUUCCACACAAUCUGCGUCCACCGCGUCAAGAAUGUUGGCGUAUGUGGAAAACAAAAUAGUAAAAGCAAUUGGUUUUGCCAUGCCAGAAAGAAAAGUGCUACACGGCAAGUCAAUCCCCCAAGGAAGUAUGUGCAUGCAACUACAAUAUACUGGAAAAGAUGUCCCUGCAUCUGUUGUCCUUGGGAAUGAUGACGAAAACAGUUAUUUGCAAGCUGGCAUGUUCUUUGCGCUACCUAUUGAAAAUUUAUUCUUUUUGUACUGGCACCCAAAAUGAGCAGUUGACUCCUUUUCAUUUAUAAUUUGUGUACCUGAUAUCGAUGUUAGUAUAAAAGGCCCUGGUAGUUCAAACGGGAUGAAUGCCUAUCCAGCGCAAUUUGUUUGGUAGCAUUCUCCAGUAGUAGCGGUUUUUUUCGUUGGAUAGCGUUCCUUUGAACGUCCAGGCCCAUUACUAACCAGUAGUAUAAGCAACCUGCUCCUGAUAAAGGAAAAAAGAAUA